AUGGCUCUUAGCAUGUUUCUAGUGGUUCCUCUGCUUCUCUGGCUGAGCAGCCAGGCUUCCGAGGCGAUAGCUCAGGCAACGCCACAGACGAUAACGCUUCAAUCACGCGCCACCCCAUACAACAUGGCGAAGAGACGUCGAGCUCUGCCACCGACCUCAGAACCUUUGGCCGACUUUUUCCUUGGGACUGAUCUCCAGUGGUCGAGCACUCAAAGUUUUAACUUUCAAUUCAUUCGACGUAUGAUGCGCAGGUGGUUUGGCAAUCUUUCCAUUGGAUCACCCCCGCAAGUUCUCACCCUUUUUGACACUGGAAGUUCCACCUUGGAAUUCGCAAGUACUUUAUGCGGCCAACCUUGUGCGAACCAAGUCCAGUUCGAUCCGUCGAAGAGUUCGACCUUCGUUGAUGGCGGAAGAACUUCCUCUAUCACAUUUGCGACUGGAGUCGGCGUCGAUCCCGUUGUGGGUGCCAACUAUCGGCUGACGCUCCGCAGCGCGACAGAUACUGUUGCUUUCGGCGGGCUAUCGGCGACGAAGGUUCCACUCUUCUUGAUUACCAACCAGACAGCGAAGUUUAGCAUAGACCCAUUCAGUGGCAUUCAAGGCGAGUCUACGCCAUUCAUGAAAAUGCGACAUCGCGGGAGCGACCUGACACUGACAUGUGGCCUUGUAGGAAUGGGCGCGACUGCACAAGGAAUCUUCGCUGGACUUAUUGGCCAAGGAUUACCCUCGUUGUUUGGCAUGUAUCUCGCCCCGAAGACUGUCGGAAACGCAGAGUUGACGCUCGGAGGGGUGGACAGCGCUAAAUUCAUAGGCAGUCCUAUUUUUGUGUCUCUUCCUUCUGGGACGGGAAGUACAUGGCAACUUGCAUCUCCCGGAAUUUCCGUUAACGGAAAGACGACCUCGCUUCUUCAUACGUCUCGGACAAUCAUCUUCGACAGCGGAACAAGUAACAUAUUGUUCUCCACCAACACUGCGAAUGCUAUCUAUGCUCUAAUUUCCCCAGAUAUCAAACCGAACCCCAACGAACCAGGGACAUACGGAAUCGCCUGUGACCGUAUUCCCUCUCUUCCCGCGAUGAUCGAUAUCACGUUCACUUCGCAGACCGGCGCGCCGUUCAACCUGAGCAUUCCAAGCAGCGAGCUCAGCGUCGGACCCUUCGCCAGCGACUCCAGCCUCUGUCAAACCCUAAUCAAUGCUUUUGAUGGUCUAGAACUGGUGGGGGGCAGCCUUCUGAAGCAUUACUAUAGCAUUUGGGAUGUCGGUAGGAGGCGUCUAGGGUUCGCCCCUGCAGCUGGGGUAUGA